UACUUAAUUUAUCAAUCGAUACUUUCCUCUCGAUUAAUCGACGGUUAUUCUAUCGAUCAACGAGAUAAUGUAAUCGAUUUUUUAAUGAAAAAAGUCGAUGAUGCACUUUGCUACAUUCGAUAAUGUUUAAGAGACUCCGGUGUAUUCAAACUUUUGUUAAUGAAAUGUUAAAGGCUACGAUGAUAUUUCUUAUAUUUCGAAAAUUCUUCAAAUUAUCGUUGGCAGCAUUGAACGAUUGGUUAGCGAUAUCUUUUUAGAGAAUUUCACAAGAAAUUUUCCAAAUAUUGGCAAUUGUAACUGUAUAAAGAAAACAUGCAAGGAACUAUCAUAGAAAAUUUAAGCGGUAGAAAACUUUCGGUACUCGUCGUACUGUUGAUCAUCGCACAAAUUGUUUGUUUUUUAAUAGGUGGACUUAUUGCUCCAACUCCUGCUAGUAGCCAAAACAUACUUGGUACCCCUUGCAAGGAUAGCCGUGUAAAUAGAUCUGAACCUGGAGGAAAUAAAUGGUAUUAUUCAAGAGGAAGAGGAGCUUGUAAUGCUGUUGAUAUGAACGUUAGCUUUGAUGGUCAUCAUCAAGCCUACCAAGUUGUUUAUACGUUUCAGAUGCCUGUGCCUCGAAAUAGCAUGAAACUUGAUUAUUCUAGAUGGCAACAAAAUCUGAUUGGUGUUUUACAAGUGGACAUUGUUUAUCAUAGUCAGAUAGAAAUUGCUCCUAGAACCAAAAUAACAUUAGAUGCAAGACUUGCAUACAGAAACAAGGGUGAUCCGGAUGAUGCUUGGAAACCUUAUGCCGCAUCUGUGGUUGAAAGAAUUUUGGAUUGUAGUAUUGAUGAUGCAAUGGAGCAAUAUAAUUACAAUUGCAAGCUGGUCCCAUUGUUUGAACUUGGCUCCUUAUUUCACGAUUAUUAUCUUUUAAAUAUCCGUCUUCCGGCUGAUACUGAUAAAAACAUAAAUCAGGGUUUAGGACAUAUAAGUGAUUUAUGGCUUACAGCUAUCAAUCAGAAUGGCGGAUUUACGAGGGUAUGGGUCAGUUUGAAAACCAUUUUCUUUCCCAUUGUUAUAUGCGUUCUUGCUUGGUAUUGGAGACGAAUUAAUAUGCUUUCAAGAUCUCCGGCUCUCUUGGAAUAUUUGCUUUUAGCUCUAGGCGCAGCUCUGACGUUUUUAAACACGCCUUUGGAGUACUUAACCCUCGCCUAUGAUAUGCCAUUUAUGCUUUUAUUGGGCGAUAUUAAACAGGGAGUUUUCUAUGCAAUGCUCUUGUCUUUUUGGCUCAUCUUUGCUGGAGAACAUCUUAUGAUACAGGAAGGCGAUCAAAGAAAUUCUUUAAAAUGUUACUGGCGUCAUUUAUCCGCGGUGGGCAUUGGCUGCCUCUCAUUAUUUGUAUUCGACAUGUGUGAACGCGGCGUGCAAUUAAGAAAUCCGUUCUACUCAAUUUGGGUUACGGAUCUUGGGACUAAAUUUGCUUUAUCGUUCAUAAUUUUAGCAGGUAUAUCCGCUGGUGUGUAUUUAAUAUUUUUAUCUUACAUGAUAUGGAAAGUGUUUAUGAAUAUCAGCGCAAAAAGAGCUGCGUUACCCAGUAUGAGUUCGGCACGACGUUUACACUACGAGGGUGUAAUAUACCGAUUUAAAUUUCUGAUGAUCGCUACACUGUUAUGCGCAUCCUUAACUGUUAUUGGAUUUAUGCUAGGCCAGGUCGCAGAAGGACAAUGGAAAUGGGAUGAUGAAUUGCAUUUGGAAAUGACAUCGGCAUUUUUCACUGGGGUGUAUGGAAUGUGGAAUAUUUAUAUUAUAGCAUUAUUGUGCCUAUAUGCACCAUCGCAUAAACAAUGGCCUAUCGAGCCAUCCGAAAAUAGUAUUAGCGAAGAAAUCGAAUUUUCGCGUUUAUCUACCGAUCCAAAUGAGAUGUUGUCUUUGACAGCAUUUGCACGAAAAGCAGCGGUAGAGUAAAUAGUAUACAUAUUUUAUAAAAAAAAAAAAAAAGCAUGGCAAUCGACCAAUCAACAAUUUUGUACUUAAUCAUAGCAUGGUACAAUGCAAUAACCAUGAAUUAAUGAAGGUUUUUCAAUAGUUGUAGAGAAUGCAAGGACUGAUAAUACUCUGAAAAGUAAUCUCUUAAUACCAAAAUUAAGUAUUUAUUAAAAAUGAUAUUUUUUAAGGCUUUUAUAAUACAACUUAGUAUCUAACAAUUUUUUAUGAUGGUACUUAAUUAGGUACUUAAUAUUUUCAAGAUUAAACGAAUGAAAAAGAGUCACUUUAGACAAUGUUUUUUCGUUACGUUCAUUUUCGUGUGUAAUUAAAAUAGAGUAACAUGUAGCUGGAGUAAUUUUAUAAAACAUUCCAUUUAAAAUGCAAAUAUUCUACCUUCCGGAUAACAUUUUUUCUAUACGUCGCAAACAUUAAAUUAUCAUUGAUAAUUGAAAGGAAAUAUCAUUGCCAUGCUUACAUAGUAAUCAUCUUCAAUGAAUUAAUCUGGCGAUAUUUAUUUUCUUAAACGAUAUUUAAUCUAUUCCGUCUUUUUAUAAUACAUAUCAAUAUUGGGCAUUUAUCCAUAAUUAAUGUUCAUAAAUGUGCAUUUAAUUGUAGUUAAAUAAUAUUGAAUAUGUGCAUUCAACAAUUCUUCAUUCUUAUAUUCAACAGUAUUAAGUUCCUCAGAUACAUUUUUUAUAUUACAUAUAUUUAAUACAAACGUUUACAAAUUCCAAUGCAUUAAUGCAGGUUUUUUAGAAGCUAAGGUAUGCAUGCAACAAAGUAGAAUCGAAGCAGGAAGGUGUAAUAAAUUUGUAACAUUUGAAUAGAAUCAACCUAGUGCACAUUAGCUACUUAUAUAUAGUACUUACAUUUGCAGCAAUAAGAUUAGUAUUUUCUACUUGUGACGUAUCUAACGAAAUCUAUUAAUGAAUGGCAACUUCUAUACGAAUUUUGUAUUAUAUUAUUAGUUGUGAUAUCUUCUUAAUAACUUGUGGAUGUGAAAAAAAAAAUAAAAUGUAAUGUAUUAGGGCUAUAAGAAAAAAAAAACCAACAAAUUCUUAUGCAUGUUUAUAUAAUUGAAUUUUGGUAUUAUAUAUAAUAGGAACAUUUUUUCAUGUAUUAAUCAAAAUUUUUAUACAUUUUUUAGGUAAACCAAUUUGUUAGAAUAAUUUUGUUAAAUUGUUAAAUAUGAUGUAACACUAUAUGUUAUAUAUAUGGUAAUUUUACAUAUGGAAACAUAGACUUGUAUGUGUCGUUGUAGUUAUGUCUUUUGUUUCAACGUUAUUAAACGUCCGGGUGAAACACGAA